AAAGAGUGGAAACUGAAAUUAAUACAUCUGUUCCCAUUUUGGAUCUGGAACCCCAAUUUUUGGGUGAAGAGGAGAUGGUGGAAACUGAAAUUAAAGACUCUAUUGACAUCUCGUCUAGUCAAAUUAAUGAGACAAUACUACCUGUGAAAUUAGAAUCCAAUAUAUUGGAUGAAGCUAUGGAGGUUGACAUGAAUAACAAUAUAAACUCAAACUCAAAUGUAAUAGUAAUCUCAGAUGAUGAAACCAGUCAAGAUCCACAACUUCUAAGAGAUAGGACAUUAAGACAGAGAGGACCCAAUACUUCAGUUCCAAACAAAGGGUCAAAGGUGCGUAUCAAUGACCAAUCGUGUCCACUGUCUUGUGGGGCUUUCAGAAAUCUUCGUCAACACGUUGAGUAUCAUCAUCUUCCAAAACAAUUUCAUCAAAAGAACAUGAACAAUUCCCAAAUGCAUAAUUUUAGGCUUGAACGUUUGUUUUGGCUCGCGGAGAAAAUUGUUAGCAAACGUAGUAUUGUCAAACUCUAUCAUUAUUGUCAAAAAACAAUUUGGAUUUCCAGGAAUGUUCCUAUUACAGAUGAAGUGAAGGAGUGGUUGGAAUUAUGGAAAGAACUUGAAAAUUGGGAUUGUCCCAAACAUUUCCAGUUUAACCCAAUUAAUUCUUGGGCACUGGUUGGACAUUGGAGGAUCCUUUUAGAACUUAUCCAAACUCUGUCAGUUGAAGAUAGGCAUCAAUUUCGUAGAAACAUGCCAGACACUCUGGAAGUUACUCUAACUGAAGGAAAAAGAAGAGUGCAUUCUACAAACACAGACGACGCUGCAGUCCAACUUUCUACUCGUUCGUCUACAGUACAACCAAUUUCUAUAAACACUUCAAUGGCACCGGUUCAACAAGUCAGUUCAGUGCCAACAAAUUCUGAAGCCAUGGACAACAAUUUUUCUGUUCAACAAGAGAUUCCAGUGCCAACCAAACCUAAAGCCAUGGAUAGUCAUUUCCAUUUAGACCGCUCACUGUUCAAACUAAAUUUAAACAAGUUCAGCUCUACCCAAGAUUUGAUAAAUGUGUCUGUGGGUUCAAUUCCAAGAAAUGAAGUGGAAGUAGUAGGUGGAAUAGCCAAUUUUUGCGAUCCCAAACACUUUUUGGGAGAUUAUACACAUCUUGGGCAUGGUUUUUCAGCCUCGGUAGGAAUACAUCCACGGAACGUUUCAUCCAUUGACAGUUUACCGUCAAUUCUUUGUAAGUUAGAUCAACAAUUAAAACUUGCCAAUGUUGUGGCUUUGGGUGAAGUAGGAUUGGAUCAUACGGAACCAGAGGAGAAGUGGGAGAACCAAGAGAAGGUGUUGGUAGAAGUUUUAAGUUUGGUCUCAAUCCGGACUCCCGUGAUUCUACAUAUAAGAGAUCAAAGGGACAAAGAACCUGGAGAAUUAUACCGAAGAUGUUUAAAUCUCAUCAAAACUAGUGGGAACACUGCCAGAAAUCAACCUUUUCAUUUACAUUGCUUUACUGGUACAACUGAGACCAUGAGAAGUUGGCUGUCUGAAUUUCCCAAUACUUAUUUUGGGUUUACUGGAAUGGUCUGGUUCUUUGACAAUUAUCAGCAAGCAGCACUGCAGAAAGUACCACAGAAUCGGUUAUUAAUUGAAACGGAUUCUCCAUAUCUGAAAAUGUCAAAAGCUGCAAGUAUGAACAAUCCCAAAUUCAUUGGGGAUGUAGCUGCUGAAAUAGCCAAAUGUCGGAACUCGACCGUAAAAGACAUAUGUAGCAUGACUAUGGAAAAUACCAGACGUUUAUACAAAUUAUAAACGACAAGGAGAUUGGAAGACAAAUAAGCCAUAACUCAGAUUCGUUAAAUAACAUUCAAUUUCUUUGUACUAUAACCCAAUGGUUGGGUCAAACUUUUAUAUUUUAUUUGCAUAUAGCUCAAUAUGUGUAUGGGCAGUUAUGCAUGGUAAUUAGUAAUCAAUAUUAUGUGAUAACCCAAUGGCUGGGUAAUUUUCAAGUGAGUAAUACUCAGUUGACAUUCAUUUAUUUAUAUAUAUAUGUAGAUAUUUGUAAAUAUCAAACAUUUUAGUUAAUGGGGUAUCAUCCAAUGGUUGGGUGUUUUUAAGUGAUCUUUUUAAUGAGAAUUUGGGAAGUUUUCACAAAUAAUAAUUUCCCAAUUGGUUGGGUAUAUUUUAGCUUUGUCAAAUUGACAUAAGGCUUAUUUACUAUUUUCAUAUAUCUAGAUAGAUAAUGAAACAUCUUAAAAAAUAGAAGGGGGAGGUGUGUUGUGAUCUGGGAACCAGUCAUAUUAUUCAUUUAUGAUAACCAGUCUAAUAGAAGCUGAUGUAGGGAACCAGCUAGCAGGAAACAGAUAGACUUUGACUGACCACGACUGAGACCUGACGGACUUAUUACUUCUUGACGAUCAUCUUAUAUCCAUCAUCAUCCGAUACAUAGAUUCGACGCUAGUGCUCAUCUUUAUCAGAAUUAGUGCGUAUUUCAUGCAUAUUACAUUCCGACGUUAACCGGAAGUGACGUUUCAUUGACCGGAAGUGGCGUGUUCAUCGCCAUAAGUUGGGGAAUAUUCAGCUCUCCUAUACCUGAGGGCACCAGUUGCUGACUUUUGAAGGUGAAGAUGACAGAUUCCGAGUCUUUGGAAGGGAGCCCAAAAAGGUCAUGGAAAGAAACAGAACGGAUAAUUCCAAUUAAUCCCGAUGAUAUUGUACGGGAAAUGGAAACCUUAUGUUCUCGCAAAGUACAGAUGCCAUCUGCCAAAUUAUUGAUCUUUCAAUUAGGUUUGGUCAAGGACCAAGAAAAGAUCAAUAGGAUUGUUACAGAACAAUGUCAGAUUGCACAGAGUCGUAGAAAUUUUAAGUUCAUCCGUGAGGCCAAACGCUAUGCAGAUAAUAUUCUAACGACCGAAUGUUUAAAAUCAUUGGAAUCAAUUUGGGGAAAGAGUAACCAACCUAUUAAAAAGGGAAACUCCUGUUUAUCAACAGACACGGGUAAUGACGUUUUUUCUAGUAGGGAUAUUCGCUUUUUGGGAAAUACUGUUAAAAGUGAACCGGUGGACUCUUUCAGUGUUCACUCUAUUGUUACCCCAGAUGAAGUUAUCCCAAAUCUGUUGGGUGAUGAAGAUGAUAUGGCAAAUGACUCACUAUUGAAUUUAGAACCCAAAGACUUGGGUGGAACUCAUACAACUGAAUCAAUU